CUGCAGAAAAUAUUUGGAUACAUCUGUUUAUUAGAGGAACACAUCCAGUCUUUUCGAUCUGAUGUCACCCUUCUAAGACAAGAAAAUCAUCACUGGAACUGUUUGGAAAAUGUAUUGAAGGAUGCCGUACAUGACAAGAAUCGCUUGAACCUCCAGGAUGCAAAUAUCUACCACAAGGCACUGCACAAUGACGAGGUAAUAUUGAAAACAGAGUAUGAUCCACUUAGAGAAACCCUCACCGCAGUGACUGAAGAACGAGAUUUGGCUGUCAAGGAGAAACACCAGCUCCAAGCCAAACUGGAGAACCUAGAGCAAGUACUGAAGCAUAUGCGAGAGGCUGCUGAACGGCGGCAACAGCUGGAAUUGGAGCAUGAGCAAGCCUUGGCUGUUCUCAACGCAAAGCAGAAGGAAAUUGAACUCCUGCAGAAGGCUCAAGUUGAGGCUAAAAAAGAACAUGAAGGUGCAGUUCAGCUGCUAGAGACCACCUUGGACAGCAUGCAGGCCAAGGUUCGUGAGCUAGAGGAGAAAUGUCGGACACAGAGUGAACAGUUUAACCUCCUCUCUAAGGAACUAGAAAGGUUUCGCCAGCAAGCUGGGAAGAUUGACCUCCUGAGUAGUAACUCAUUGGCAUCUCUGGAUAGCCCCGGCUCCCCUAGCAAAUCCCUAUCCCAACUAAUGAAUGGAAUUUCCACUUCUUUAGGUAAAGGUCAUGAAAGCUCCUCUGGAGGCCACUGUGUGAUCUCAGAGUUUAUACGACCACUACAGCUAUCUGGUGACAAACCAGAGCAAUUGUCCAUCAAGCCAACUUUUAUGUCCCGGUCACGAUCUGGAAGCCCAAGAUGCAGAUUUGAAUCAGAUAUGGAUAAUGAACAGAAUUCCAAUACCUCAAAGCAGAGAUACUCGGGAAAAGUCCAUCUUUGCAUUGCCCGAUAUAGUUAUAACCCUUUUGAUGGACCAAAUGAAAACCCCGAAGCAGAGCUCCCCCUCACUGCAGGAAAAUACCUCUACGUCUAUGGAGACAUGGAUGAAGAUGGUUUCUAUGAAGGUGAACUUCUAGAUGGACAAAGAGGUCUUGUCCCUUCCAACUUUGUGGAUUUUGUACAGGACAGUGAAUCACGUUUUUCGAGUGGGUUGAGCAGUGAACAGGACCAGAAUUACAUCAACCAUACUGGUCACACACUGGAAGGAGAUGACCUUUUGGAAAUUAACCCUCCAAGCCACUUAGACCCUUGUGUCAUCAAAAAUGGUGCAGGGACCCUGGAUGUGAACAUUGAUGAAAUUGGGGAAGACAUUGUGCCUUAUCCUAGAAAAAUUACCCUUAUCAAACAACUAGCCAAAAGUGUAAUUGUGGGCUGGGAGCCUCCAGUUGUGCCACCUGGAUGGGGAACCAUUCAUAGCUACAACGUCCUAGUAGAUAAAGAAAUACGGAUGAGUGUAUCCUUAGGGAGCAGAAGUAAAGCUCUCAUAGAAAAACUCAACAUUGCUACUUGCACGUAUCGAAUUUCAAUUCAAAGCAUCACCAGCAGGGGCAAUUCUGAUGAGCUACAGUGCACCUUGUUAGUUGGGAAGGAUGUCAUUGUGGCACCCUCCCACCUUACGGUGAACAACGUCACUCAGAUCUCUGCUGAACUCACCUGGCUCCCAACCAAUAGCAAUUACAGUCAUGUGAUCUUCCUUAACGAAGAAGAAUUUGACAUUGUCAAGGCUGCCAGAUACAAGUACCAAUUUUUUAACCUGAAGCCCAACAUGGCCUACAAGGUGAAGGUAUUAGCCAAGCCUCACCAGAUGCCCUGGCAGCUCCCUCUGGAGCAACGGGAAAGAAAAGAAGCCUUCAUAGAAUUUUCAACAUUGCCGGCAGGUCCGCCAGCUCCCCCUCAAGACAUUAGAAUUCAGGCUGGACCAACACCAGGAACUAUCUUGGUUUCUUGGAAGCUGCCAAUUCUCACGGCAACAGGGACCUCCAAUGGAGCCAGUGUUACUGGCUAUGGCAUUUAUGCAAAAGGUCAAAGGGUGGCAGAAGUGAAUUUUCCUACAGGAGAGAAUGCAGUUGUGGAGCUCAUGAGACUCCGGAACUUGGAAGCAAAGGAAGUUCUUGUCCGGACACUUUCCGUCCAAGGGGAAUCUGUGGACUCGUUGAGCGCUGCCAUUCCACAUGACCUACUGGUGCCUCCAACCCCUCAUCCCUGGCCAGCUCCCAAAUCUAAGCCAUUAUCAAGUGCCGGCAUCCCAGAUACCAAAGACGAACAUUUGUGUCCACACGUAAGAAGGGAUGAGCCAUGGGAACAGACCCGUGUGUCCUCUCCCAUUCAUGGACACACCCUGGAGCCUCCCAACUUCCACAGCCCUCUCCAAGGAAGGAGAUCUCCUUCUCCAAAUCGGAUUCUCCCUCAGCCACAAGGCGCACCUGUCCCCAAUACUGUCGCAAAGGCCAUGGCCAGGGAAGCAGCCCAGCGGGUUGCUGCAGAGAGCAGCAGGUUAGAGAGGCGGAGUGUGUUUACUGAAAGGAGUAGUGCCCUGCAUUAUGCAAACUCUGAUGAAGAAGAGGAUGGCUACGAGUCUCCGUGUGUCAAAAGAAAAGGGGCUUCUGUUGAUGAUUUCUUGAAAGGCUCUGAGCUUGGGAAACAGCCCCACUAUUGCCAUGGGGAGGAGUACCACACUGAGAGCAGCCGGGGCUCUGACCUCUCCGACAUCAUGGAAGAAGAUGAGGAAGAGCUGUACUCAGAGAUGCAGCUGGAGGAUGGUGGGAGGAGGAGAGUCAGUAUAACAGCGCAUAACACACUCAAGGAAUAUUAUAAGAAUAAGACUACCGAAGCAGCUUUUUUGGAACGGCCUGAUUUUGCCCAGCAGAUCCAUCACAGUAAAAAGCUUUUCAGUAUCCCUGAAGUAGCCGAAGAAGAUGGUGAUUAUUCGGAACUUUUGCACAAACAGGGUUUAGGGAAGUCCCACAAAAUGAGAAGCAUGAUAGCUAGAGAAAGUAGAUCGGCCAGAGCCUACAAUCAAGAGCAGCAGCACAACUUCUGGCACCCUGCAAAACAACGGCUUUUGGAGGACUGGGAAGAGAGGGGCUACAAAUUUAGCCGGUCUUCCACCCGGAGCCCAGACAGUGGCCUGGACUGUGGCAGUGAAGAAGAGGAGUUACGCUUUAACUUCCGCAGUGCUUAUGACAUGGGUUCUGCCUAUGCCGCACCCAGCUGUUGUGCAGAUGGCAGGAACUGUUCGUGCAAGAAAGCAUCACGGCCACUGCUGGCACGCCGGAGGACCCUGACGCGGCAGAGCAGCAUCGAAGAAGAUUUUGGGGAUCCCAUGCCCUCCUUUCUAGAAUCCCGAAGUGAGGAUUGCAAGCCGGUUUAUUAUGAGAGGAAGCACGAACCUCAGAGGUGUAGUAGAGCAGAUAAUUUGGCUCGUGAAGAUUAUCAGGGAGGCUGGAGCAGUCCCUUAAAAGAGAAUGACUAUAGGGCACCUUGCAUCCCACUUACAAGGCCAUCCAGCAGAGAGCCUAAAGACCCUCUGCUCUUAGGUAAUCUGUCAUCCUCUGGACGUCCAGACAGGAUGGAGCAGCUGGGCCGAAGAAUAUCUCAUGGUAGCGCUGGACCACAGAGAUCGCGCCCUAUGUUGGUCCCAUCUAUUGAAAUUACAAUGGACAGUAACAGUGAAGGCGCUUGGUCUCGGUCAGGUAGUGAGGGAAAUAUUUCCCCCAUAAAAGAAGAAGCUUAUUAUCGCAGGAUUGACGGACACAGGAAAUGGUGCCAGCAACGUACCAUGGCCUCUGACUAUAGAUACGAGGGAUACUGUAGCCGAGAUCGUCUCUCUCCAGAAAUGUAUGAAGAAUCAGAAACCGAUCCUGGUGCAGAAGAGGUGUCCACACGGAUCUUUGUUGCCCUUUUUGACUAUGAUCCACUGACCAUGUCUCCUAAUCCUGAUGCUGCAGAAGAGGAACUCCCAUUCAAAGAAGGGCAGAUUAUCAAGGUUUAUGGUGAUAAGGAUGCUGACGGGUUUUACCGAGGAGAAACCUGCACAAGACUAGGCCUUAUUCCUUGCAAUAUGGUCUCUGAAAUCCAAGCUGACGAUGAAGACAUGAUGGAGCAGCUUCUGAAGCAAGGGUUUCUCCCUCUAAACACCCCUAUAGAAAAACUAGUCAACCGCAACCAUUUCAAGGAGAGCACACACUCUGUACACCGCAGAUCCAGAAAGUCUAAAAGAGAAAGGAACCGAAGGAUUAACCAUACCUCAGCGGCACCUACAAGGAGAAUGGUGGCAUUAUAUGACUACGACCCAAGGGAAAGCUCUCCCAACGUUGAUGUGGAGGCUGAGCUAACAUUUUGUACAGGAGACAUUAUUACCGUCAUUGGAGACAUUGAUGAAGAUGGUUUUUAUUAUGGUGAAUUAAAUGGCCAGAAAGGUCUGGUUCCUUCAAACUUUCUUGAAGAAGUGCCUGACGACGUAGAAGUCUAUUUAUCUGAUGCCCCAGCACGAUAUGCUCAAGAUACACCAAUACGUACAAAAGCUAAAAGGGUUCCUCCUGAGAAUACAGGUACAUCACCAAGGCGAGCACCAUCUCCCACAGUCCAUCUCCAUUCGGGGUCACCUACGUCAUCUGUGGGUUCUGGUAGUCCCGGGAGAGGCAGGGAGUUGUCCUCGAAAAAGAAAAAGGGGCUGCUUUCCAAAGGGAAGAAACUUCUGAAAAGGCUUGGUGCAGUGAAAUGAUUUCCGUAUUCUUCUGGACAACAUGUAAAGCUUCAGAUCUGUGUCUUUUGUUUUGUUUUUGUUUUUUUACAUUUAAAAUAAAAAAAUAAAAUCAACUUUCAAACUAGGGCUUUCAUGGCUAUUCCAAACAUCUUUCUACAUAGAACCCAACCUUUAAAACUACAAAUAAAUUCUAACAUCAACAGGGGGGGAAAACAAAGUGUCUCUGACUGGUUUUGGUGUUCAAUCAGAUGGCAAAGAGGGGAGGGAAUCGUCACGGCAUUGCGACUCAAAAACACAGUGUUGCCACUGCCAGUGUACAUGUCUAAAUUCUUUUUUAAAAAACGACGAUGGAAGGGAUUAAGGAGCAUCACAAGAAUCGACCAUUUGUGAAAGGCAACUCUGUUCGCAUCUUUAGAUCCAUUUUGUAUCUUUCCCUCCCUUAAAAGAGGAGAAAAAAAGGUUCUUUGAUCCCUUUUCAACCAUUGAUCCACAACUUUACACAGAAAUGGUCUUGAAACUCCUAGUUUAUUCCGCCUUGAUGUUUGCCUUAUUAAUGCACAAUGAUUUGUACUGUCAAAACUAUACAGCGUAUACUUUGUAUGUACUGUGUAAUCAACUGUCCUUCCAUCCUCACUGGGAAAAUUGAUAAUUUAAAAGAUCAAGUAAUUGGUGUUGCUGGCUCUAUUUCGAUGUCUGAUGUAAUUUCUGGGAGUCUGAAAGUGUCGUGCAAAGGUGCAUUUUGAAACAUCUGUCUGAGUUCUGCUAGUCAACCUCUCCAGUAUACGUAAAGCCAGAUUCUUGCACAAAACUACUGAGAGAAAAAGAAAAUGUACCCUAAAAUGCAGAUUAAAACGGGGCCAUUUGUUUUGGUAUUGUUUUCAAAAGUAUGCUAAAGACAAAUUUAAGGAAGUACUACAAUGAGAAAGUUGUGUUAUUCACUGGCCAUUGCCAGCAGAAGUCACUAAAAUAGAUAAAGAGUGCUAAGUUUGCCACAUACUAUGUUCUGUUAUUGGCACUGUAAUUUGGAAGAAAAAAAACACCUUUAAAAAAAGACAUAUGUAGUUGCUGGCAGACAUAUUUGGCUGUUACUCUUUUGUAACCUGUCCAUUUGUAAAUUCUUUUUACUGUUUAUACAUACUUUUCAGACUGCCUUUCUUUUGUAAUUGAUGGAAGGUUUAUAAUAUGAAUGAGCAAAGCUUAUCCCCAUUGUGUCUUCAAACAAAUACAAUGUAAAUUCCUGUAAAGUAAUCUAGUGUGCUAGAUUUAUGAAAUUAAUGAAAAAAAUACUGGCCUAAAUUUGUGGUAAACUAUUGUGUGGGCGUGUGCAUGUGUACAGUUGUUCGUGUAAAAUAUUUUAUAUAAAUAAAUUUGAUAUUUUGUAGAAAA